AUGGAAACAACAAAAGCACCCUUACCUCCAAUUCCAAGUGAUGAUAAACACCUAAUUACCGUGCUCAGUAUUGAUGGGGGUGGCAUUAGGGGAAUCAUUCCUGGAAUUAUACUUGGUUUCUUGGAAUCAGAGCUUCAGAAGCUGGAUGGUGAUCAGGCAAGAUUGGCAGACUACUUUGACGUGAUUGCGGGAACAAGUACUGGUGGAUUAGUGACUACAAUGCUUACUGCUCCAAAUGAAAAAAAUCGACCCUUAUACGCUGCCAAAGAUAUUAAGGAAUUCUUCCUUGAGCAUAGUCCAAAAAUCUUCCCACAAAAUAAUAAUUUAUUGUCAAAUAUCGUGAAGCUCACCAAAAAUCUGUUCGGUCGACCCCGGUAUAGCGGCAAGUAUUUACGUAGCCUUCUUAGGGGAAAACUAGGAGACACAAAAUUGGACCAAACACUGACCAAUGUUGUCAUCCCAGCAUUUGACAUCAAGCGCCUUCAACCCACCAUCUUUUCCAGCUUCCAGCUGAAGAAGAGGCCAGAUUUGAAUGCAUUGAUGUCGGAUAUAUGCAUUGCAACCUCGGCAGCUCCAACAUAUCUUCCACCUCAUUACUUUGAGACCAAAAUCGACCAUGGCAAAGUGAUAAGCGAGUUCAACCUUAUAGACGGUGGCGUCGCUGCAAAUAACCCAACGCUGGUUGCGAUAGCGGAAGUGACGAACAAAAUUUGCCAGAACGGGCCAAUUGCAAAUGUAAAUGUAGAAGCGAUGCAAUACGAGCGGUUUUUGGUGAUAUCCUUGGGAACAGGGUCUCCAAAACAGGAAAAGAAAUACAGUGCAGAUGAGGCAGCUCAAUGGGGCAUCUUGAGUUGGAUAGCCACAACCAAUGGUAGCACCCCUUUAAUUGAUGCCUUUAGUCAAGCCAGUUCUGACAUGGUUGACUUUCACUUAGCCUCUUUACUCCGAGCACUCAAAUCUGAACAUAACUACCUCCGAAUCCAGGACGAUACAUUAAGUGGGGACUUAUCUUCGGUAGACGUGGCCAGCGAGAAGAAUUUGAAUGAUCUCGUGAAAGUUGGAGAAUCAUUGUUGAAGAAACCAGUUUCUAAGGUUAACUUUAAGACUGGCAUUUACGAACCUGUUAACCAUUAUGAAACAAACGAGGAAGCCCUCAAGAGGUUUGCCGAACGACUAUCCAAACAGAAGCGGUUUCGUAAAUCUAAAAUGUCUAUCAAUGGGAUUGCUAAGAACUCGAAUAAAGGAUAUUACAAGUGA